GUUGCGCUCUAAACCGUCAAGCUGCCUCAAGAAGAAGAAAGUCGCGAGCGGAUUGGUGGGAAGUUUCGCGGACUUUGUUCACUGUUAGAUAAUAUUUUUUUGUGUGAACUAAAUCCUCUCGAGGGACUUCGGCGGGAGUCUAACUGUUGUUUAAUAUUAUCUACUUUAAACCAGUAAAGAAACAAACAUGGCUUUGACGAAUGGCCACAGCAUCAAUAAAGAAACCUGGGACUCUCACAACAAGAUGAUGUUGGAGCCUCUGUCCAUCAACGACCCUGAGAUUUUUUCCAUCAUAAAGAAAGAAAAGAAGAGGCAGACGUACGGUUUGGAGCUGAUAGCAUCUGAGAAUUUUGCCAGCAGGGCUGUUCUUGAAGCUCUGGGAUCUUGCAUGAACAACAAGUACUCUGAAGGUUAUCCUGGCCAAAGGUAUUAUGGUGGCACAGAGCACAUUGACGAGCUGGAGAGGCUGUGUCAGAAGAGAGCACUGGAGGCCUUUAGUCUGGACCCGGAGAAAUGGGGAGUCAACGUGCAGCCAUACUCUGGUUCUCCGGCCAACUUUGCCGUGUACACGGCUGUUGUUGAACCUCAUGGCAGGAUCAUGGGGCUGGACCUUCCCGAUGGAGGUCACCUGACACACGGCUUCAUGACUGACAAGAAGAAGAUCUCUGCAACAUCUAUCUUCUUUGAGUCCAUGCCAUAUAAGGUGAAUCAAGAAACCGGCUACAUCGACUAUGACAGGCUUCAAGAAAACGCACGACUCUUUCACCCUAAGCUCAUCAUUGCAGGAACCAGCUGCUAUUCCCGGAACCUCGACUACGCCCGCUUGAAGCAGAUUGCUAAUGAGAACGGGGCCUACCUGAUGGGAGAUAUGGCUCACAUCAGCGGGUUGGUUGCUGCUGGGGUUGUGCCGUCACCUUUCGAGCAUUGUGAUAUCGUUUCCACGACAACCCAUAAGACGCUGCGCGGCUGCCGCUCAGGAGUCAUCUUCUAUAGGAAAGGUGUGAGGAGUGUUGAUGCUAAAGGAAAAGAAACUCUAUACAACUUGGAGUCGUUGAUAAACCAGGCGGUGUUUCCGGGGCUGCAGGGAGGACCUCACAACCACGCUAUUGCAGGCGUUGCUGUGGCUCUAAAACAAGCCAUGACGCCAGAGUUCAAGGUCUACCAGCAGCAGGUUCUUGCUAACUGUAAGGCUCUGUCCAAUGCUCUCGUAGGCCACGGCUACAAGAUUGUUACUGGCGGUUCUGACAACCACCUGAUACUGCUGGACUUGCGCAACAAAGGGACUGAUGGAGGGCGAGCUGAGAAGGUGCUGGAGGCCUGUGCCAUUGCCUGCAAUAAGAACACCUGUCCAGGGGACAAGAGCGCUCUGCGCCCCAGUGGACUCAGGUUUGGCUCGCCAGCUCUGACCUCCAGAGGCUUAGUGGAAGAAGACUUUAAGAAGGUGGCUUUGUUCAUCCACAAAGGUGUGGAGCUGACCCUGGAGGUGCAGAGGAGCCUGGAUCCCAAAGCCAAUCUGAAGGAGUUUGUCCAGGCUCUCAAUCAGGGAGAGAAGUUUCAGGAGCGAGUAGCGGCGCUGAGAGCAGAGGUGGAGGAUUUCGCCGGGCAGUUCCCCAUGCCCGGCCUGCCCGAACUGUGAGGCCAGAAGACGGCUGGACUGUAGUUUUAGUGUUUAAACGUUUCACAGAUGGGAGUCACCUAACUUUAAAGCAUUCCUCACUUUUUAAUUUCAAUAGAUUUGUUUUUAUUGGAGAAAAUUUUAAGCAAAUGUCAUUGUUUAAUGAUUUAGUAUUGUUACAGAGUCCUGAUGUUUUACUUGGGAUUCACAUCUUUUAGAUGUUACGAUCAAAACAUUGACUUUUUCUUCUCCCUUAUGAGUGGAGUUCACAUUUUUAGUAAAUUAAUUCCAAAAACAUUCCAUGAGUAACUCAUUUACUGUGUUUUAAAUUUGAUUUAAUAAAAAGCUUUUAUGAAGUCA